AUGUCGAUAGAAAUUGAGUCUGCAGAUGUAAUUCGCUUAAUCCAACAAUAUCUUAAGGAGUCGAAUUUAACAAAAACUUUGCACACUUUGCAGGAAGAGACAGGUGUUUCAUUGAACACAGUAGAGAGUGUGGAUGGAUUCUGCGCAGACAUAAAUAAUGGACAGUGGGAUAGUGUACUAAAGGCAACUGCAUCGUUGAAGUUGCCCGAACGAAAGUUAAUGGAGCUAUAUGAGCAGGUUGUACUUGAGUUAGCUGAGUUGCGUGAGUUGGGCGCUGCGCGUGCUUUGCUGCGCCAGGCACCACCAUGCCUACUUAUGAAACGACUGCGUCCUGAUCGCUACUUGCACCUAGAGACAGUACUUUCGCGUUCCUACUUCGAUCCGCGUGAGGCAUAUGGUGGCGGAGGCGGUGCAGCGCCUGGCGCAGGUGGCAAGGAAUGGCGUCGUGCAGCUUUGGCGGCGGCACUUGCUGGAGAAGUAUCUGUAGUACCCUCAUCCCGUCUCCUUGCGCUGCUUGGCCAAGCACUCAAAUGGCAGCAGCAUCAAGGAUUGCUGCCACCUGGUACUACAAUUGAUUUAUUCAGAGGAAAGGCUGCUAUCAGGGAUGAAGAAGAUGAUCAGUGCCCUACACAUGUCUCAAAACUUAUCAAGUUUGGACAAAAAUCACAUGUUGAGUGUGCUAGAUUUUCACCUGAUGGUCAAUACCUAGUGACAGGCUCUGUUGAUGGAUUAGUUGAAGUAUGGAACUUCACAACAGGAAAACUGCGUAAAGACUUACGUUACCAAGCGCAUGACGAGUACAUGAGUAUGAGCGCGGCUGUUCUAUCGUUGACAUUCGCCCGCGACUCAGAUACUCUAGCGGGUGGAGCGCACGACGGCAAAGUGUGUGUCUGGCGCGUUUCCACCGGCGCCGUACAGCGCCGCCUGGAACGAGCCCACGCAAAAGGAGUCACCAGUCUGCAGUUCUCUCGUGAUGCCACCCAACUCCUUUCUGCUUCCUUUGACCGCACAGUUCGCAUCCACGGCCUUAAAUCGGGAAAAUUGCUAAAGGAAUUACGUGGGCACACAUCUUUUGUUAACGAAGCAAUAUGGACACCGGAUGGACACGGGGUACUUAGCGGAUCGUCAGAUGGUACGGUCAAAGUCUGGGCAGUGCGAACAGGCGAGUGUGCGGCAACCCUCAAACCUCUGGGGUCUGGGGAGCCAGCCGUCAACUCUGUCUUGCUUUUGCCGAAAACGCCAGAACAUUUUGUGGUUUGCAAUCGUAGUAAUACAGUGGUAGUAAUGAAUAUGGCGGGCCAGAUCGUGCGAUCAUUGUCAAGUGGUCGGCGUGAGGCUGAAGGGGGAGCAUUAGUAUGUGCGGCCCUCGGAGCGCGAGGCCGCCUUGUGUACUGUGUGGCUGAGGACCUGGUGCUAUACGCCUUCUGCGCACAAAGCGGUAAGCUAGAACGUACCAUUACGGUGCACGAAAAGGCCGUCAUUGGCCUGGCGCACCAUCCCCAUCAGAAUCUGCUCGCCACCUAUAGUGAAGAUGGCAUGCUCAAGUUAUGGAAACCAUAA